GCUUUUCUGGACUGGGCCUAAUCUACACUCCUUUGAGUAUUGGGCUUGAGUUGAUUUUUCUGAAAGAAAGAAAAAGGACUUUCUGGAGCUGGAGGAGAUGCCAAAAUGGAGGCAUCAUCAUCAUCUUCUUCUUCUUCCCUCACUUUCACCAGAAGAGAAUUUGGGGGAGGCCCUUGUUGGGUAAUUCCUGGUUUUGUGAAAUUGCCUGGAGACCCCUUCAAAACCAAAUAUUUAUCCUCAAGGUUCUGUUUCGCCACUGCUAAUGGUGGUGGCUUCAGGAAGGAGCUUAAAGGGGUUGGUCGAGGUGAUGCUGUCAUUAUUGUUGACCAUGGUUCGCGUCGCAAUGACUCCAAUCUUAUGCUGAAUGAGUUUGUGGUUAUGUUCAGAGAGAAAACCAAAUAUCCAAUCGUGGAGCCUGCUCACAUGGAAUUGGCUGAACCGUCCAUCAAGGAUGCUUUCAGUUCCUGUGUUCAACAAGGGGCACAACGUGUUAUAGUAAGCCCAUUUUUCUUGUUUCCUGGAAGACAUUGGCACCAGGAUAUUCCUUCUCUAACAGCUGAAGCUGCAAAGGAUCAUCCAGGGGUGCCUUAUGUCAUUACUGCCCCUCUUGGUCUGCAUGAACUGCUUGUGGAUGUGGUGAAUGACAGAAUCAAUUAUUGCUUAAGCCAUGUUGCUGGCGAGGAAGAUGAGUGCUCAGUAUGUGCUGGAACAGGAAAAUGCCGCCUUUAUAAUUAGCGGAAUAGUUUUUUGUGGGGGGCUUUGCUGAAACUGCAAUCUCUCAGCUAGAUUUGAGGAAUCAGCAAUUGCUGUAUCUAAACCACACUGCUCCACCAUCGGGGCUUGAACAUCUUGGCUCAAGCUAAGAAAUGUGUAGUUUUUGCUGUUCGCAAGUUGGAAAUCUGCUUUAAAAAUAUUCACUUUUGUGUACUCUUGACAUACCUAAGCUCACGCAUUCUGAUAUGUUUCCCUCGAUCGGAAUAGUAUGAUA